AACAGGAAGAAAUCAGAACCUCGCACCUUUCGUUUUCGACGCAGCGUGAUCGGAAGAAUCGUUCGGAGGAGACCCGUCGCACGAAGAACAAAUUUCGGAAUUUGUUUCUUUCCCGCCACGUUGCUCGCUCGAUUUGCCGAAACAGAAGAAGUUUUCGAGAUGCUGGCAGCUUCGAUCUGUCGCGAGGUUCACUUCACGGUGUUGUCCAGCACGACCAUGGCCUCGCGCGUACCACGUUGUCUGUUCGGCAAGCCAAACUCCAGGGAGACGGUGGAAAUGCUCCAAGAGGCGCUGGACAUGGAAAGAAGCAAGUUCGCGAAACGAUGGGGCGUCGAUCCGCGUUCGGAGGAUAAGGAGAACAAUUAUCAGAGAAAACACCAUGACAAGUACGAACCGUCGCCGAAGAAACGAUGCAACCCGUACUCGAGGCAGACCAGUAUUCACGAUUACUGGCGGGCCCGAAAGGUGUGCGAGGUGAAUAAGAAGCCCCUUACAUCAUCGUUGGAUGCCUCGAAGCAGCAGAUCGAAGUGUCGAAAACAACGAAGGCAGCGACGACGACGACGACGACGAUGAAGUCAUCGAAAAAAGCGUCGCAAAACUGAGAA